AUGUUUAACGUACCCAUAGCCAUCUGGAUAAAUGAUUAUAUGUAUAUGCAAGUGAACAGUGAUCACGAUGGUCGUUUCAGUGGAUCCUUUCAAAUAGGGAGUAAUUUAUUUGGAGGUCAAUUACAUAUUGCGGCAGCUCAUCCGACCGUUACUUCAUCACCGCAAUCUCAAGAUGUAAUUUUCAUUGAAUAUCUUAAGCUUUCAUUAUCCAAAUGGAGCUAUCAAUUCUAUGCAGCAUAUGUAACAAACUUCACUGAUUUUGCUACCAUUCAAAAUCAAGGUGAUUUCGACUUGAUUAAUAUUACGGUUGAUAUAAUACAAGAUACAAUAUGCGUUGAAAAUUAUUCUGCUUGGCCCACAAUAAUUCCUGUUCUACCAGCAUUCUCAAAUAUGACAAUUUCAUUAUCAAUGCUACUCAAUUGCACACUAUCAGCUCAAUAUAUGAACUUUUCUAUAAGUGAAUCCCGAAUAUCGUUAUUAACAUCAGCAGGAUUUAUCAUUGACAGCCAAUGGAGCUGUCGUACUCAAAAUGGAUGUAGCAAUCAUGGAUCAUGUAUUAAUAAUGAAACAUGUUUUUGCGCAGAUUCAUAUUCAGGAUAUUCGUGUGAACAAUGUAUUUCUGAUCGAUAUGCGUAUCCGAGUUGUAUCAUAUGUCCAACUUGUGUACGAGGACAAACGAUAUGCAAUAGUUCAGUUGCUAUUUGUGAUUGUAUAGACAAUACUCGCAUUUAUGGUACAUUAUGCCAAUAUUGUAGAGAAGGCUAUUAUGGUGACAACUGUACCAAUAUGCCAGUCCUUUCCUCAUUGUUUCCAAGAUCUAGUUCUGAAUUGACAAAUGAAACACUUGUGACACUGGUCGGUGAUAACUUUAAUAAUGUAUCAUUAUUUUGUCUUAUUAUUGACCAAAAUGAUACAAUAUCAAUCCCAGCCGUUUACAUUAAUACUGGAAAGAUAACAUGCCAGUUCCCAUCUCAUCGGGCUGAACUGAUUGAAGUACAACUUAUUAUGAAUGAAUCCAUUGUUUUUUCGGAAUCGAAACUUGUUUUUCAAUACUUGUCCAGUUGCCCCGAUACAGGCUGCAAUCAAGGACUUUGUAUUUCAAAUACUUGCCAAUGCUGGUAUCCACAUUUUGGCUCAGAUUGUUCUCUAUAUCCUAUUCCACCAGUUUUGACUACAAUACACAAUAUGACAGCAAUCGAAAUGUCUUCGUUUACUUUCAAUCUUUCUCAAUAUCUAACUCAGGGCGAAUUUCCACUUGAAUGGAGUCUUAGUGGUACUAUACCUUCAGGACUCUCUAUUACUCCAUAUUCUGGAUUAUUGUCAUGGUCAUCCGCAGUUGCUUUAUCUACAAUUCCCGUAGCAGUUUUACCACUUUUUGAUGCAUCAUCAUCGAACUGUAAUUCGACUGUCGCCUCUUAUCUUACAUCUGGUAUUGGCGGUGGUGCUGAAAGUGGUGGAACUGCAAGUUGGGGCAGCUCAGUGCCAGCUGGGGGAGGCGGCACAGGAAGUUUCGGAUUUGGAUCCUCCGGUGACUUUUCUGAGAUGCUCCAGAUUCUUGGAACAACGAUAGAUCCAGUAAUUGCUCCAUUGUUGCCUGUUCCAACAUGCGAGAGUUGUGUAGGAACUUUAGCUAGUGCAGCCGCUGAUCUCUUGAUUCAGCGGCUUCCUAUUGGUUGGCGAGUGGUUCUGAAUGUAAUUGAUAAGUGCGUAGCUAAUACAGUUACAGAAACCAAUACAACAGCACAAAUACCUGAUACCAGCUCAACAGAGACAUCAACCAUUACAAUAACUACUAAUUCACUACUUCAAUCAACGCCAACUACAGCUAUUAAUGCAUCAUCCCAGUCGACAACCAAGUCAGUUACCGACACAUCGUUCCAAUUUAACACAACAUCAACUACAGAUUCUUCUUCUGAAUCAUCAACUACAGCAACUGCUCAUGAAUCAUCCCAGCUGACGACAACAACAACUACCGAUGUGUCAUCUGAAUCGACAACCACAAUAUCUACUGAUAAAUCAUCUCAACCCAUGACAACAACAACUGCCGAUUUGUCAUCUCAAUUGACGAUAACACCAACUAUUAAUACAUCAUUCCAAUCCACCACAACAACAAAUAUCGAUUUAUCAUCUGCAUCAAGGAUCAGAACAACUACUGAUGAAUCAUCUCAACCGACGACAACAACAACUAUACAUUUGUCAUCUGAAUCGACGACCACAAUAUCUACUGAUGAAUCAUCUCAACCUAUGACAACAACAACUCCCGAUUUGUCAUCUCAAUUGACGAUAACACCAACUAUUAAUACAUCAUUCCAAUCCACCACAACAACAAAUAUCGAUUUAUCAUCUGCAUCAAGGAUCAGAACAAUUACUGAUGAAUCAUCUCAACCGACGACAACAACAACUACCCAUUUGUCAUCUGAAUCGACGACCACAAUAUCUACUGAUGAAUCAUCUCAACCUAUGACAACAACAACUCCCGAUUUGUCAUCUCAAUUGACGAUAACACCAACUAUUGAUACAUCAUUCCAAUCCACCGCAACAACAAAUAUCGAUUUGUCAUCUGCAUCGAGGACCACAAUAACUACUGAUGAGUCAUCUCAACCAACCCCAACACCAACUAUCGAAGCAUCGUCACAGCCAAUAACUACGUCAAUUACCGAAAUGGCAUUGACAAGUGCAAUAACGGUUCAUUAUCUGGCGCAGAAACGUUAUAAUAAUAAAUAUGAGAUAACAGAGGACGAUGCAUUAGUUUUAGCUGACCGUACAGCUCGUCAGUAUCAGUUAUUUCUCGGUCUCGAUACUUUACCGCGUUUGCUUUUGCAAAAUCUUGGUAAUCGUCGAUCAUUGGUGGAUGACCGAAGUCGUAGUCCUAAUCAGCCAUCUGAAUUUCAUCUGCCGGAUUCGUAUCGAUUUACCGGAAAAAUAAUCAUAAGUCUUCAUGAUAAAUGUGUUCGAAUUGAAAUUAUACAAAGAAAUAACCAACGUCAUGUGAUUGAAGAUUCGCUACGACGAACAGAAGAAAAUCUUCAACAGUUACUUGAACGUAUCACAUCGUAUGGAACUGAUCGUGAUGUGCAAUUGUUGCAAUUGAUUGACUUGAAUUUACUUUCAUCAAAAGGCGCGUACGAUGAAAAGAAAAUCUUCGAAACGUUGAAAGAAAGAUAUGAUGAAUGCAUGGAGUACAAGCGUUCGAUGAUUGUCUAUGAUCUUGAUUCAUUAGUUGGAGUAAAUCAAUCGGAAUCCGAAUCAUCCAUGGGAACAUCAACUAGUACUUCGAUUGUGAGUCAAAGUAUUUAUAUUUACGUAACAAGUCGUUUCCGUGAAGCUAACAUCGAAGAAAGUGAAGCGGAUAAAAGACACAGAAAUGAACGAUGA